AUGGAUGGUCCUUGUAACCCCAAACCGUACCGUGUCGUUUCAGUUUGUCUUGAUGGCCAAUUGAUUAAAGAUUCUACCGAACAACUCCCUGUUGGAGGUGUCUCGGCAAACCCCGCUAUGCAGAUCGUGAUGGGGUCGGUCUUCCAUCAACAAACAUUAUCAUGUAUGAUCUCACUCAACAGAACACAAAGAGACACUGACCAACAAUCAAACAAGCAAAGUGAUAAGAACAAGAGAGAUCAAUGA